AUGCCAAAUACAGAACAAUCGGAACCACUUCGAUCGAAAGGUACGCAAGUAAAGGAAGAAGAAGUUGAAAAACUAGUUGUAUUAAGGGAAGAAGCCGAGCCUGAAACUCAAUUGAAAAAGAAAGUGAAUGGUGCAGUCAGUACUGAAUCUGGAACAAAUCUGAAACCGAGCGAACCUGCUGCUGCUGCUGCUGCCACUACUACUGCUAAGGAAUCCGAAGAUACCGUCGCUGUCCCUAAAAUAUCAAAAUCAUCAGCAUCUGCAUCGGCAUCUGCAUCUGCAUCUGGUCCCGCUACUGGAGGACAACAAUGUUCCAACUGUGGAACUGUGAAAACACCUUUGUGGCGUAGAUCUCCCAAUGGGACCAUAAUAUGUAACGCCUGCGGGCUCUACCUCAGGUCCAACAGCACGUAUAGGCCCGCCAAUUUGAAACGUCCUCCAAACACCAUUUCCAUCAAAGAAGAUAAGGGUUCAUGCGCUGGGAACGGCAAGUGUAAUGGUACUGGAGGUAGUGCCACAUGUCAGGGCUGCCCAGCAUUCAAUAAUAGAGUGGUAAUAAGAAAAGACGCCACCGAGUCCAAGACGUCGCCCAAGGCUAGUGGGCCUUCCGAAGAUGACGACGAUAGCUCAUUGGCUAUUGCUUGUUACAAUUGUGGGACUACAAUCACUCCUCUAUGGAGAAGAGACGAUACGGGGAACAAUAUCUGUAACGCAUGUGGAUUGUACUUUAGACUUCAUGGAUCUCAUAGGCCCAUAAGGAUGAAAAGGAGCACCAUCAAGAGAAGAAAGAGAAACAUGCAAUUCCUGCAAGUUAAGCGUGAAUUAUCAGUAGAAUCUGAUGAAAAAUCACAAUCUAAUUCCUCAGCUGGUGCAACCCCAAGUCCAGCGUCACAGGUAAUUGAAUCUUCCGUUUUCCCGCCAUUUACUGGUGGCAGACUUCCCAAUGGUCCGGGUCCCUUACCAGGUCCGCCUCCACCAGGUUUUUCGUACCCACCACCAGCCAUGUAUCCAUCCUACUCUCCUCAUCCGUAUCUUGGACAAAGACAACCACAGCAACAACAAUAUGGGCUUUAUCCCCAUCACCCUCCGCAUCCUUCUGCUGUUCCGCAACAGCUCCCACCACAACAGCAGCAACACAGUCUUCAAAAUCCGCAGCAACAGCAAAUGCGACUUCAUCCUAUUCAAUAUCUGCAUGGGGCUCCACCACCUCCACUUCCACAAAUUCAUUCUCCUACUCCCUACUUUCAACCACCACAAACACCUAGCAUAAAGUUGCCACAGAUAAAUAUAUCUAGAAGCAACAGUAAGCUACCACUCCCACCUCCGAAGGUGAACUCACCUGCCCCUCCGCCUAUGCCUGUUGACUUCACUUCCUCGUAUAAGCCGCUUGCCGUACCGUCUGUUGUAACUUAUCUGUCACCAAGUCCAAAUUCGGAUAGCGAAAAGUCGUACCAGCAGAUGUCUAUAGAUAGGUUACUUAAUGGUGGGAAAGGUAAAUAG